AUGUCAGUCCCCACACCCACACCAAUCCCAACUGCUGUGGCACGCUACAUCCAGUACCUGUAUAUCCAGGUUCAAGGCCAGGCUAAUAAAUCACAUCAUGCCAAAGGGGCAUUGUCUCGAAGGAAACGGGAUCUAUUGUUCCUCAAUGGGGUGAAACUUUGUUCGCAAGAAACUGUCCAGCAAGCCAUGGAUAAUCACCUGCACUACUUUCACCUACGAGUGUGUCAAGAGACUGUUUGGGAGGCCUUCAAGAUCUUCUGGGACCGUCUACCCGAGCGAGAUGAAUACCAGUUCUGGAUGGAAAAGUGCCAAGAUGGCACUGUCAAUGUGCAGGACAUUGGACGCAGCUUCAGUCAGUCACCGGAGCAUAUUGCUCUUGUGCAGGACAGAGUCGCAAUGGCUAGUUCAGACACCAGAAACAACCACAUGAAGAUUAUCUGCUAUCCUGAAUGGAAUGGUGACUCUGGUCACCAAGUGCAAGUAGAAUCAGCCCAGCCUGCCGCAGAGGAAGAGGUCACAGCACAGCCUGCUGCUGACGCUGAUCUCUCUGGAACACCUGAGGACACCGGCGAUAACGCUGAUGCCCUAAGUCCCGAAACCACAGAGGAGGCCGUCGAGCAGCCUUCUGUCGAGGGGAUAAGCUUGGAGGAUAUCUCUGUGGUGGAGGAAGAAGUGGUGGACCAUGAGGGAAGCAUUGGCUCUGUUGACGUCAUAGCCGAAACCCCCCAUGGUGAGGCAGCGGAGGGGACUUCGCAGCAGGGUUAUGGGCCAGCUGGUGUGGCCAUAAGUGAGGUUGCCCCUGAAGAGGACUCUGAUGAAGAUGGGGGUGAGUCAGAAAUAGCAUUUGAACCUACCACUGAAGACACCUCGGAGGUCAGUGAGGUCGUCAUUGAUGACGAUGACUCAGAAAUCACAUCUGAGCACACCGCAGAACCGAGUGAGGUCAUUAUCGAUGUUGAUGACUCUGAGAUUGUAUCUGAACCCACAGAAGACACUGAAGAGAUGGGUGAGGUCAUCAUCGAUGUUGAUGAGGACACACAUGUCAUCAUAGACGUUACACCUGAAGACGAGGAGGACGCACCUUUUGUGCAUUCUCCUGAAGAGCAGGUGGUCAUCGAAGAAUCACCAGACGUAGGAAUUUAUGAUGAGCAGCCGACAGAGAAAGAACUACUGUCAGAGGAGGCAGUGACAGCUGCAGAGGUUGUAAUUGAAUCUGAAAACACUGACCAGGUUGCAAUUGAGGAGGAAGUUCCGGAAGUACCAGAGAAUCCUAUUGGUCAAGAGGUAGUGUCAGAGGAUCCAAUUGGCCAAGAGGAAAAACCUGAGGAGGCUAUUGGUGAAGAGGUAGUGCUCGAGGAGUCUGAACCUGAAACUGAGACACCUGAACCUGAGGCAGCCAUACCUGAGGAGGCAUCAUCUAAUGUUGCGCAAACUGAAGAAGAAUUACCUGACGUAGUUGUGGAGGAGGCAGCUUCAGAAGAAUUGCCGACAGAGGCCAUGUCUGUGCCAGACAACCAAACGCCUACAGCAACAACAACCGAAGAGCAUGUAGAGCUCGAUACUGUCGCUGAGGAAAUCCUGGUUGAGGAAAUAUCUGAGGGUGACACAGUGAUUCCCGAGGCAGAAGUUAUUGAGGCUCUCAGCGAAGAUGCUCAUUCACCAGUAGAUCUUGAAUAUUAUAAUUAUUUAGAAGAGGAGGGCACACCAGAAGUCACUGUGCAGGCUUUUGAAGCUGAUGUAGCUACUGUGGCAAUAUCAGAAGACAUAUCUGAUGAUGCAACCUCAGAAAUCCACGAAGAUCUAUUAGAGAGUGUGGACGUUGAUGCUGAUACUCUAUCACCAGCAGCAACAGCUGAGGAAACAACAGCUGCACCAGAAGAGGAGAGCACAUCUGAAGCCACAGGAUUAGGAGAUGUACUUGAAGCAGUUGUAGAGGAAACAAUAGAAGAAGCAGUAGUUGAAGUUGAGGGAGCAGUGGAGGUCGAGAUUGAGGAUGCUGAACCUGAACCUGAACCUGAACCUGCCGUCGAAACUGUACCUUCUGUGGAACCAGUCCCGGAAGAUGCCAGCCAGAAUGCUCCUGAGGAAACGGUAGUAGACAUAGCUUUGGAGGAUUCAUCCGAGGAUACGGAGGAUUCAUCCGAGGAUACAACUGGUGGGGAUGAUGCAGCUGGGCCUGAUGAGGCGUUCGAGAUUCUGGGAACUCCAGAGACCAUCAUGGAGGAGGUUGGUUCUGACACCAUUGUGGAGUUGAUGCCAGAACCCUUAGAGCCUGCAACUAUUGAGGAGGACAUUGAGGUUCCGGCAGAGGAGUCUGCUCAUACUGUAGAGUCCGUGAAGGAGAUUCCAUUAGUGUGGGUCGAGGAACCUACAUCGGAACCCACGGAGGACCCCAAUGCACCAGCUGAAGUACAUUUUGGAGAUAUUAUGCCAGACGAGGAGACUGUGAUCACCAAUGAAAUCGAUGACAUCAUGGCCAGGCCAAUGAAGCCUAUGGGGGAGCACAUAGUGGAGCUAAGCAUAAAGCUGAAGGGCGAGUUUUAUGACGACUCCCUGAGGGACCCAUCCAGCUAUUACUACCAGAAUCUGGCUGAACAGUUCACAAUGAAGAUUGAAGAAGCAUUUGACAGACUUCCUGGUUUCAAGAACGUGUUUGUACUUGACUUUAAGCCACAGAAGGAACUGCAAGGUGGGUUAGGUGUGGUGGUCUACUACGCGAUCACUCUGGAGGGUGAUGCGGCGGGACUGAGCAAUGAAACCAUGGACUACAUCACCCUGCAGUCCAACUUGGUGGGCAGCUCGUAUGAGGACGAGCCGGAGGAGAUCCCCACCGUGGUCUACACCAUCACUGACUUCCGCAACUACAUCGCAGAGGCGCUGCACAAGGACAACUUCAUCGGGAACACAACGCUGGACGUGGAUCCCGAUACACUUCAGCUCGAGCAUGUGGAGACCCUGAUGCCAUUUAAUAAUACGGACAGAGACUUCGAUUCAAAUGACCUGGAUGAUAUCCUUGCUGCAGAAAAGCCGCCUGAUGGCACUGGACAAGAUACAAAUGACCAUGACCACCUCUUCCUGAAAAAAGACGACUUCCUGUUUGACCCCGUUCAGGUGCAUGAUUCAUGGGUCGAACCCCCAAGCAUGUCGGCCAGUGAAAAUGAUGUUCUCAACCUUGAAGACACUACCAUUAUCAUUGAGGAUGUAUUUGCCAGUGCUCCGCUGACUAUAAAGGACGACUUUGGUGGCUCUGGUUCUGGCUUUUCCUGGGAGGAGCAAGGAUUUAGCAACUUGCCUUGGGCAUCAGAAAACACGCCGCUGGAUGGAUAUGUGGGUAACUCUGUGUCAGCGACUGAGAUCUUGGACAAGCCAAAGUCUCCACAUGGUGCUGACCAGGAAACUCCAGUAGAAGAGCAAAAUCCAGAACCAGAAACAUUCAUGGAUCAUGUCCUUGUGACUCAGGACAUCCGUAGUAACCCGCAGUACACAAUGACUGAGGAAGUCCCGGUCUUCAUGACCAUGGAACCGCUGACUGUAGAGCUUUCCAUGCACACGGUGGAAGCUUCAGGGAUGUACGAUGAGUUCUAUCCAAGUGAGGCAACCACCAUGUACUCCACAGUCACAGAGGUCCCACUCUCUCUGGCAUCUGACGCUCCACUGGAUGACCAGCAGGAGAUGGAAGUCACAGAGGAGGCGCUGGAAGUCAACCCACAGGAAGAAGUUGUCAUAGUGCCUGAAGACCAAGGGGCCAAAGAAGAAGAUGGGGAUACUGACACUGAAUUGCCCUCUACUGUGAGCAUAGAAGAUGCUGAUGAUGACACUGAGGACGAAAAGGUUUCCGGAGGAGGUGUGGAAGUCUUGGAGGAGACGGGAAAGAACAUAGAGCAGCUGGCGACGGCCGAGACGUCUGAAGGUGAGAUCCCUAAUGAGGAACUUGUGGAGGACGAGGUAAUAUCGGUGAGUGUGACGACCACCACUGCUCCAGCUCCAACUGCAAUGCCAGUGACGACAACAACACCAGCAUCCACCACCCAGUCCACCCCACUCUCCGCAGAGAAUGAAUCUCCUUUCACUCACAUACUGAAUGCUUCAUCCGACAACCCACCCGUCCAGGUCCACAAACCUUCAACCUUGGAUGAAACCAGGGGAGACACGUAUGCCGACAUAGAAUCAUAUUUUUACUUUGACGAGUUUGACGAGAUGCCAGAGUACGAUGAUGAGGAAGCCUCCACGGUGUCUGGCCAAGCGCCCACAUCGACUGUGAUCCUCAACAGCAGCACACACAAUGCCUCAGACCUUUCGUUUUUUGACGACUCCGACAACAGCCCCACCGUGAGGGUUCAGGUUCAGGAUUCCCACACCAUGGAGCUGAUUGACCAGGCCAGUAUUGCCAUGCCUUCCAGCCCAGGCAGAGCCCUGAUGGUCUUCUUCAGCCUGAGAGUGACCAACAUGAGGUUCUCGGACGACCUGUUCAACAAGAGCUCAGCAGAGUACAAGUCCCUGGAACAACGGUUCCUCGAGCUGCUUGUACCUUACCUGCAGUCCAACCUGACCAACUUUGACAACUUGGAGAUCUUGAACUUCAGGAACGGCAGCGUCGUGGUGAACAGCAGGAUGAAAUUUGUUAAACCGGUACAGCAUGAAGUCACCACCGUUGUGUACCUCAUCCUGGAGGAUUUCUGUAACACGGCAUACCAGACCAUGAACCUCGCCAUCGAUAAAUAUUCACUGGAUGUGGAGUCAGGUGAAAAGGCAGACCCGUGCAAAUUCCAGGCCUGCAACGAGUACUCCAAGUGUGCGGUGAACCGGUGGUCUGGCGAGGCGGAGUGUGUGUGCAACCCCGGCUACUUCAGCGUGGACGGACUGCCCUGCCAGAGCAUCUGUGAGCUUCAGGAGGACUUCUGCCAAAACGAUGGGAAGUGCGAUAUCAUCCCCGGCAAGGGAGCCAUAUGCAGAUGUCGUGUGGGUGAGAACUGGUGGUAUCGUGGGGAGCGUUGUGAGGAGUACGUGUCAGAGCCCCUGGUGGUUGGCGUUGCGGUGGCUUCGAUCGCCGGCUUCCUGCUGGUGGCAGCGUUCAUCAUAUUCUUCCUGGCCAGGACACUGCGUGACGGCUACGAGAAAGACGACUCGGAGGACCCAUUGAAGCACUAUGACAGCGACCCGUCUUUGGAGCGGGCCACCAAGUACAACCCCAUGUUCGAGAGUGAGGUGACCGUUGGAUACAACCAGUUCUACCGCCGCUACCCCGACGGUCCCGACUACAACAACUUGGCGUUAGAGGGCUCCCCUGACAUGGCGGAGGGCGUGAGGAAAGCAUACGAGGAGGAGGACCGGCUCACCAAAGAGGAAAUUGAGGACCGCAUCCGAAUCCUUGAGCUGUACGCCACUGACCAGCAGUUCGCCAAUUUCAUGCGGCAACACCAAGUGCUCCUGGACAAUCGGAGGGACAGCACGUCCUCGAUAUAGAACUGCCAGGAGCUGAACUCUUCGUUUACGGCCACAAGAAACCUGCCUUUGUCUUUGAAACUAAACACAUGUCCCAUGUUGCCAUGGCGUUCCUUAAAGACUUGGAUGGAAGACUCUAAAAGACUCUCCAGAAGUUGAAGAUGGAGGCUUCUGAUGCAAGCUGCUGGCGCCUUCAUUGUGGUGGUGAAAGUGCUUACCAUUGGCCUGGCAUGAAUGAGACUCAAUUUGUUUUUCUUUUUUUUCUUGAGGGAAACUCCUUUUGCGUCUUUGGUGUGUGCUUUUGUCUUUUGUGUUACAUUAGAUCAUUGCUCUCCCGACUGGAUUCAGCUAUUUUUUUUAAAUCACUUUCAACGUUUCAGACAGUCAUUCAACCAUCCAACCAUCAAUCGAACCAUGUGGUGCCGUGAAACCCAAGGUCUCAGUGGCCAAGGCCCUCUGCUAUGAAGCUACACUAAGAAAUAGAAAGGGUCUGCGCUGUUUUGGUCAUACUUUGUGAUCAUGUGUUUUUUCUUACGUAUCCUCACUAAUCAGUGCCUUCGUUUGGUUCCCUGGGGUCACUGCCGUGUCUUCAAUAACGGGAUAGCUAAUGCUAGCCUUGCCCUAACGAUCACAGGGUAGCUGAUGCUAGCCUUGCCCUAAUCGCGGAGAUCUCACUGCAACAUCAUCACCCAGGACCAGGCUCACCAAUAUGGGUAUGUUGUCCCGGGCCCAGGGUGAGGCAUGCAGGGCCCAGAGUUGGGUCCAUUUUGAAAAGUGAAAGUGAAAGCCCAUUGGGAAACUCCAACUCCCAUUGUCAUUGUGACACAGCACUCCACAGCACACAAGUGAACACUGCA